UGCACUCGCCGCACCACUCAAUGCACACCGCUCGCUCGCCACGGUGCAGACGAGUCUCCCUGUAAAUAGUCGCGCGUGGUCAGGCGACCUCUGCUCUCGUCUCCUCUCCCGACGACGAAUCACUGCAACGAGGACAGCGAUGAAAGAACGGAGAGAGCCCCCCAACUGACCACUCUGAAGGAGGCGGGGGGGCUCCGUGUGUGUGUGGGGGGGUAUUGUCUGGUAAGAGCUGGUGCGAACGCGCACGCACUCGCCUCGUUUCAACAGUGGGGGAAAGUUAUCUCCGCGUAAUGUAAUACGAUACGUGGUGUCAGCUAGCUGGCUCUCAAAAUGUGCUCUCUCGUGCCCAGAUAUAUACACAGUGUGUAUGUAUACUCGUCACGCCUCUCUGAGUAGAUCGCUGGCGUGGUUUUAUUCUCAUUUCAGCAGUUCGCUUUCAAUGUCUUGCGCCUAUUGUCCUUAUUUUAUUUUUGUGCUUAAUCGUCGACGUGACCACUUUAGUCUCAAAGGGUAAACCCGCGUGGUUUAACGGUCAAGUUAACGUUGAUCUGCGUCGUGCAGUACCGCGGGUGCGUAACUAUGCGUAACGCAACGUGCGCUUUCAUAAUUCUUCUUACCCGUACGCAAGCAAACUGAACGCGUAUUAUAUAAACACUGAACCCCCCCCCCCCCCCGUCCUCGACGCUUUCAUUCAAUAGUUACGCAUGACUGAGACGCUGAAUAAAUACACGGGCGAAUGUAAGUUAUGGACAUUAAUAUUGAUUUGGCAACCAGUGCCAUUUUUACGCACUAGCAGCACCCAUUUUACCCAGGACCGUCAAUCAAUUCCCCCGGGGACGCUGCUCGUCCGAGUGAAUGGUUAAUCUCACUGUCCUUUUGGCAUUUAAACAGAGGGGGUGAGGGGGGAGGGAAGUGAAGUCUCCACCUUCAUUCGCACUCCUCAUCCGAGGCUUGGCUUUUGUGCGACGCGCGCGCAAAUCCACGGAGCGGAGUCCUAUUCGAGCUCCACGUGGGUGUUCCUCUCGUCUGUUUCAGCGCGGCCAUGGAGUAUUGGACGGGAAGAGGAGGCGAACGACAAUGAGGCGCACCGAUUACAGGAAGCUGAGUGUCCACCGUUGUUCCUGCGGUGUCUCCAUGAUGACCGCGAUGGACGCACCGCGUGUAUCACCGUCGCCUUGUUCUCGACACUUUAAAAGCUGACGACUCAAUUAACAAAAAUAAUAAUCGAAAUCACAAUCGAGUGGUGGUCGCCGUGGCCUGUGACAUUGAUGCCACCGCAUCUCGCCAUCGCUUCCUUCCUUCUGCCCCAAUCGCGCAUCUGUUCCACAGUCGUAAACCCGGUCGACUGUGCUCCCACGCCUUCACAGUUUCAUCACCAUCAUCAUUACCACCACUACCCACCCGGCUUUGGCUCUUCCACCUCCGAUUCGUAACUUAACAAGUCCCACGCGCUCCUCACUCAACCCAAUCGCACCCGAAUGCAAUCAUGAGCGGCCUGGACUGCACUGCUAUCGAGUCGUUCCUUGACAAUCACCCGGAUGUGUUCGAGGACUACCUCCUGCGCAAGGGCACCUGCAGCUCCGUGAAGAAGUGGCUCAAGCUGCACAACCAGGCGGCCGCGCAGCAGCAGCAGCAGUCGCCACCACUGCCACCACGACCAUCGCCGCGUGCCCCGCACCUGCCCAAGUCUCCCUGCAGCCCGAGCAGGGCACCGGCGCCUCGUCCUCCGCAGGUCGGCGAGACAACUCCCACUCCGUCCGAGGAGUUCAGCAGGGCGCUGUCCGUGACGGUGGACGGCGCCCUGCAGAAGCGCGCGUCGCAGAAAGAGCUGCGCCGCUGCUUCGCGCGCUCCAAAGCGAUGACGGCGCACAGGACAUAUGACGAGCAGGCGAACCCGCGCGAGCAAGAGUCCCUCUCGAGCGUGCGGCGCAGGGCGCUGUUCCGCAAGGCAAGCUCCCUGCCGCCCAGCACGGCGCACAUCCUGAGCGCCCUGCUGGAGUCGCGCGUGAGCUUGCCGCAGUACGCUAGCGCCGCCAUCGACUGCAAGUUCCGCCUGAAGGAGAGCAACGAGCGCGAGUUCUUCCUUGAGAUGGUCAAAGACAUCUCCAACGAGCUGGACCUCGCCAACCUGAGCCGCAAGAUCCUCGUCAACGUGUGCAUCAUGGUGGAGGCGGAGCGCUGCUCACUCUUCCUGGUGGAGGGCUCGCCGCGCAAGAGGACCCUCGUGUCAAGGCUCUACGAUGUGCGCGCCAGCUCCGCGUUCCUUCCGUGCGACAGGUGGGGGGAGACCUCGAGCGAGGUGCAGGUGGCCUGGGGCAGUGGCAUCGUCGGCUACGUGGCGGAGCACGGGGAGACGGUCAACAUCCCGGACGCUUACGAGGACCGGCGAUUCAGCGACGAGAUGGACAAGCUGAAGGGCUACAAGACGAUGUCUCUCCUCUGCAUGCCCAUCCACGACAGCGACGGGCAGGUGAUCGGAGUGGCCCAGGCCGUCAACAAGACACCGGGAUGGGUACCAUUCAGCGACGACGACGAGAAGGUGCUGCAGAUGUACCUGCCCUUCUGCGGGAUCGGCAUCGCCAACGCUCAGCUGUUCGCCGCGUCCCGCAAGGAAUACGACCGCAGUCGGGCCCUUCUGGAGGUGGUCAAUGACCUGUUCGAGGAGCAGACACACCUGGAGAAGGUUGUCCGCAAGAUCAUGCACCGCGCCCAGGCCUUGCUGAAGUGCGAGUGCUGCUCCGUGCUUCUGCUGGAGGACAUCGAGUCGCCGGUUGUCAAGUUCAGCAAAACCUUCGAGCUGAUGUCGCCCAAGUGCAGCGGCGACACGGAGAGCAGCCUGGAGAAGGCCAUGAGCUCUGACUGGCUGAUCAACAAUAGCAUCGCCGAGCUGGUGGCCUCCACAGGCCUCCCCGUCAACAUCAGCGACGUCUACCAGGACCCACGCUUCGACACAAAGCACGCAGACCAAAUGUCCGGAUUUCACAUCUGCUCGGUGCUGUGUGUGCCAAUCUGGAACAGCAGCCACGAGAUCAUCGGUGUUGCGCAGAUUCUGAACCGGAUCGAUGGCAAGCCUUUUGACGACGAUGAUCAAAGGCUUUUCGAGGCUUUUGUCAUCUUCUGUGGACUGGGAAUAAAUAACACCAUCAUGUACAAUCAAGUGAAGAAGUCCUUCGCCAAGCAGUCGGUGGCUCUGGAUGUGCUGUCUUACCACGCCACCUGCACCAAGGCCGAGGUAGACACGCUGAAGGCAGCGGAGAUCCCUCUGGUGUGCGAGCUUGGCAUCGACGAGUUCCACUUCGACGACUUCUCGCUGGACCACGACGCAAUGAUCACCGCCUCCCUGCGCAUGUUCACCGACCUCGGGCUCGUGCAGACGUUCCGCAUUGACUACGAGACGCUGUGCCGGUGGCUGCUGACCGUAAGGAAGAACUACCGCCUGGUGCAGUACCACAACUGGCGGCACGCCUUCAACGUGGCGCAGUGCAUGUUCGCCAUGAUGACGACGGCGGCGCUAUCCGAGGUGUUCACCGACUCGGAGAAGCUGGCGCUCAUGGUUGGCUGCCUGUGCCACGACCUCGACCACCGUGGCACCAACAAUGCCUUCCAGGCAAAGAGUGGCUCGGCUCUUGCCAGGCUCUACGGCACGUCGGCCACACUAGAGCACCACCACUUCAACCAUGCCGUGAUGAUCCUGCAGAGCGAGGGCCAGAACAUAUUCGGCAAACUCUCUUCGCGCGAGUACGGCAGCAUGAUGCAGCUGCUCAAGCAAGCGAUCCUGGCCACGGACCUCACACUCUAUUUCCAGCAGAGGACCAAGUUCUUUGAGCUGGUGUCCAUGGGAACGCAUGACUGGAACGCACGGGACCAAAGAGAGAUGCUAAGGUCAAUGCUGAUGACGGCGUGCGACCUGGGUGCCGUCACCAAGCCCUGGGAUAUCUCGAGGAAGGUGGCCGAGCUGGUGACAAGCGAGUUUUUUGAGCAGGGCGACCGCGAGCGAUCGGAGCUGAAGCUCACGCCCGCGGCGAUCUUUGAUCGAAACCGUAAGGACGAGCUACCAGGGCUACAACUCGAGUGGAUCGAUGGCAUUUGUCUACCCCUCUACCAGACGCUGGCGAGGAUGAGCUCCCGGCUGCGGCCGAUGCUGGACGGCAUCGUGGCGAACCGGCGCCGCUGGGAGGAGCUGCACCAGCUCCGCGAGCGCUCGUGCGACCGCCCGGAGCCUCCGACUCCCGAAAGCACCGGCAACGGCAACGGCGUGGACUCGCGAUGAGGGUGACCGCGGCACGCCGCACCGCUGCCACCGCCGCCGCCGCGCGUACCGCGCCCGACCCGGCCGGCGUGAGGAAUGAAACUUGGGGGGCCUGGGGGCCACUUUAGGCCGUGGCUAUGUGAGCGGGAGCACCCCGACCGCCUGUACAUUUAACGGCUACCA